AUUCCAAACACUUUGAAAAUCCUCGUCAAUGAUCAGCAUUGCUUGUCUUCUGUGUCUAUACUCGCAUACUACGCGGCCACCAUGUUAAGCCCCAACCAUGUUUUCCCAAACAUCUUCACAGUCUCUGUACUAAUGUCAACGUUCACACUUACCUGUGCCGCGUCAAGGCCCACUUCAUGCCGCGUCAGUGCCGCGUCAACCAUAGCCCAUGCCGCGUCAGUGCCGCGUUCAAACAAGUUGUGCCGCGUCACAUGCGCGUCACGCCGCGUCAAACCUCAUCCAUGCCGCGUCAGUGCCGCGGCACAGCCUCGUCACAGCUACCCUUCACACACGAGUUUGACUUGCGACUCUGGCUGAGAUAUGGCUGACCACUCAAUUAUAGUGUUGGCAAAAGCGCUUUGGGUCGUCUCGGGAAGUAUUGGUAUCCUGUGCAGCUAAUUCAGUCCUUU